AGGUAGUUCUUAUCCUACGCCGGAUAACGUGGCAUCAUCGAAAUACGGCGCCGGAAACAAUGGCUCUGGCAGAGAGCAAGUCAGAAGUGUCCACCCUCAAGCAACGCAACAGAGAGUACCCAAUGGCGCUCAUGGCAUGGGUACCGGACCCCAAGUUCGCAGCACGUCGGACCAGGUUGAGGUAGUUUGCGGGCCACUGCUCAACUACCGGCGCAUGAGCGGAGAGCAUACGGACAACCCAGUCUGGCACGGCAGCGUCUUGCUCGUCACCACCCCCGGCCAGCAACCAGAUCGAUUACGUGUAAACAAGCUUGGAUCGGCUGUCAACAGUGGCGAGACUCAGUGGCACUCCGCCGACCUUGAGCGGAUGUCUUCGGGAGUGAAACUCUAUGAAGAUCGCCGGAAAGCGUUCUGGCAGUUUGACAUCGAGAUACCGUUUCAAGAGCAAGAGAGCGCAUGGGAAUACAGCGUGCCGCGUCUCGUCUCCGCCAAAAGCAACCGGCCGAACAUUGGCAAGCCGAAACGCUUCUUCGUACCAUCGAAGCGCGAGAGUAUGCGGAUCAUGUUCCACUCCUGCAACGGCUUCUCAGUAGGCACGGACGAGGAAGCAUGGUCCGGUCCAGCGCUGUGGAACGAUGUCAUGCGUGUUCACGAGCAGCAGCCUUUCCAUGUCAUGAUUGGAGGUGGCGACCAGAUCUACAAUGACAGCGUGCGCGUUAAGGGCCCGCUACGCCCGUGGACAGACAUUUCCAACCCGAAGAAGAGGCGAGAGUUUCCCUUCAACGAAGAGAUGCGAGCCAAAUGCGACGACUACUACUUCGACAAUUACGUGCGGUGGUACAACAUCGAGCCCUUUGCGAGCGCGAACGGGCAGAUACCGCAACUCAACAUCUGGGAUGACCACGACAUCAUUGACGGCUUUGGCUCAUAUACCGACGGCUUCAUGAAGUGCCCGGUCUUUCGUGGCAUUGGCGGCGUGGCGCACAAAUACUACAUGCUCUUCCAGCACCACAUCCCACCGCCAGUAUCCACAUUUACGAGUGAUGCGCCGCAGACGAUGAGGGCGAAUGGUGGGACUACCGGCGCAGACUCCAUUCAACUGCAAGACACCUUCGUCAUGACCGGCAACCGAGAAGACCCCAGUUAUAUAAUUGCCCGACAACCGGGUCCAUAUGUGGAGGAGAAGAGCAGGAGCAUAUACUGUCAACUGGGGAAGCGGAUGGCGUUCUUGGGCAUUGACGCGCGAACGGAGCGGACGCGGCAUCAAGUCAACUACCCCGAGACGUACGAUCUGAUCUUCCAGCAUACGAGCUCCCGGAUUGCGGCCUCGAGAGGCGAGAUAAGACAUUUGAUCCUGCUCCUCGGCGUGCCGAUAGCCUACCCUCGCUUGCAGUGGGUAGAGAACAUCCUGCAAAGCCCCAUUAUCGGGCCCAUACGCUUCCUCAACAAGCGAUUCGGCGUGGCAGGUGGCUUCUUCAACCAGUUCGACGGCAAGCCCGAUCUGCUCGACGACUUGGACGACCAUUACACCGCGCACCAGCACAAGAAAGAGCGCAAAGCCCUCGUUCUCCGCUUGCAGCACCUAGCGAAGGAACACAACAUCCGCAUCUCCAUCCUCGGAGGCGACGUCCAUCUCGCCGCCAUGGGCCGCUUCUACAGUAAACCCAAACUUAACAUCCCCGCCGAGCAAGACUGGAGAUACAUGCCCAACAUCAUCUCGUCGGCGAUCACGAACAAGCCGCCUCCGCAGGCGGUGGCGAACCUUCUUGCGAGGAGGAACAAGAUCCACCAUCUUGAUCACGAGACAGACGAGACGCUGCUGGAGAUGUUCAAUGAGGAGCCCGGAGAAGGAAUAGAAGGUGUCAAGCCCAAGAGGGCGGAGAACAACCACGUCACGAUGCCGAGUCGCAACUACGCAAUCAUCUGUGAAAGUCACGACCAUACAGGCGGCGUCGCAACGAACGGGUCCGCUGCACCGAUGUACGGUGCAAACGGCGCCAAUGUCCACGUCAACAAAACCAUCACGAAUGGAAAACACGGCACAGCGGCUUCCAAAGCUCGCGAGAAUGCCAAGAAGAACCCGCGCGAAGCCCUUCACCUCGGCGAGGAGCACGCGGGGACCACCCACCCGGCCGCGGACGGCACGAAGAAGACGGGUCUGAUGGGCGAGUAUGGGCUUGAUGUUACGAUUCGCGUGGAGAUUGAUCCGAGUGAUCGACAAGGCCAUACGAGGGGGUACGGGUUCAGUGUACCUGCGCUUGAAACUGGCGCGGCGGUGAACGGGCUGAGUGAGAAGAGGUAGGCUCAGUUCAGGCGGAUUCGGGCGUGGGUGGAGGGCGAGAAGCGGCAGGGAGCCGACGCGGUAGAUUGAUAGCUUGGGCUGUUGUUGGGUUUACAUGUCAGUGCGGGAGGCUUGCUCGCUUUACUUGGGCAUGUGGACUGGAAGCGGCCGUAUCGAUACCCUGUGCGAUUAAUCUUUUGAAAUACAAGCAUUGCGGCUAGCAUUGGCUUGUUCGCAUGCGAAACGAUGGACUAGCAUUGCUUUGUAUGAAUUACUGGCAACCACUGCUGCUUCCGUGG